UUUUCAAAUUGACUUUUCUACUACGCAUGCGCCAUCUACCAGAAACCACGCUGUCCGUUGAUUGGUUGCCGCCAUCUUGCGCGGGAAAUUGAAUUACAAACGUAUCUUUCUAAAUUCCCUUUUCUGUUAAUAAACGUGUCAAUCUUUAUUUAAAUACGUUAAAACAUGUUCUAAAAUAAUAAAUUUAAUUACUAAAUGGAGAUUUUAUCGUUUGUUGGGUUAUUUUUGUUAAAAAGUGUUGUUAUUUUUGCUCGUCAACCCUCUUUGCUAGGGGUGGGGUGGGGUGAUGGUGGGGGACAGUGACUACCUGGUUCGCGGCGAGUCUGCCCGCCGUCAGUCGUGAUUGCGCCACCGCCGCGCGAGUAUCCUAGCAGGCCACGCUGCUCGAAUCACGAUAGAAUUUACGUCUUUGAACUUUUCUGCAACUUUUUGCGGCCAUGCCGCUGUUACAUCAGGACAAUACCCGCGGAGGCGGGGGCCCGGCAGAGAACCGGCGUUCGCUCGCAGAGAUCCUGGAGCUGAACACCACGCAUCUCUCCGAACCAGUCUCUGCACCCGCUAGGACCCGCAGCUUUGUGCAGGACUGCGACAAUGAGUGGCGUUGGGAGGAGCCCGGCAGCCCCGAGGUCGCGCAGACCCCGCGGGCCCUCGUACCGCCCGGCUGCUUCCCGCCGCGACAUUCUGCCAGCUUCGGCAGCUACAGGCAACGCGCCCGGCCCGGAGGCUGGGACGACGGGCAGGGCAUUACGGACCUUGUGGCUUCUUUAAAGGCCCUGGCGGUUCCGGCGAGCUCACGCGGUCAUACCUCGCUACAGCCACGCCUGUCCUACGACGGCAUCGAAAAAAUGGUGGAGCCCCCCUGGCCGCCGGAGCAGCCCCGCGAGGCGCCGUCGAGGGCAGACUUCAGUCUGCUGCCGCGCCGCGCUUCAUUUUGUGGCGUAGUGGAGCCCCACGGCGUGGUGUCGGGCGACGGCGACUCGCUGUGCUGGAGCGGCACGCUGCCGCCGCGCUCGGCCGACCCGCCGGGCGGGUGGUCGCCCAAGGUGUUCGUGGGCGGCCUGCCCUGGGACAUCACCGAGCACGCGCUGCUGCAGGCGCUGCGCCCCUUCGCACCCGUGCGUGUGGAGUGGCCGGGUCGCGAGGCGGGCGCCCCGCUGCGCGGGUUCGGCUACGUGACGUUCGAGUCGGAGCGCCGCGUGCGGGCGCUGCUGGCGGCCAGCCGCCGCGACCGCAACGACUGGUACUUCCGCAUCGCGUGCCGCAAGCGGACCACUAAGGACGCGCAGGUGAUCCCCUGGGCGGUGGCGGACUCGUCGUGGGUGGCGGGCGGCGCGGCGCGGCUGGAGCAGUCCCGCACCGUGUUCGUGGGCGCGCUGCACGGCAUGCUCAGCGCCAGGGCGCUGGCCACCAUCAUGAACGACCUGUUCUCCGGCGUGGUGUAUGCAGGCAUAGACACUGACAAAAAUAAGUACCCGAUCGGGUCGGGGCGUGUGUCGUUCGGCAACGCGCGCUCCUACGUGCGCGCCAUCGCCGCCGCCUACGUCACCAUACGCACGCCCAAGUUCUCCAAGAAGGUGCAGGUGGACCCGUACUUGGAAGACUCGAUGUGUUCGAUGUGCAACCUGCAGCAGGGGCCCUACUUCUGCAAGGAGCCUGUUUGCUUCCGGUACUUCUGCCGCUCGUGCUGGGCGUGGCAGCACGCGGGCGAGGAGCACCGCCCGCUCAUGCGCAGCUCCGCGCACAAGGCGCCGCGCGAUGACUUCAUGUACACGGGCACGCCGUCGCCGGCGACGUCGGGCACGUCCGGCACGUCGGGGUCCGGCGCGUCGGCCGGCGACGAGCCCGCGCUGCCCGACGACUACCGCCGCCGCCGCGACUAG